UAAUUGUUAAAAGCAAACUCAUUUCCCUUUCCCUCCCUCUGACGGAUUCACUCUCAAAAGCCACUCUCACUCACUCAUCCCAUUUACAGUAUCGUGGCAGCACUCUCUCUUUCUCGAUUUUGGAUUAGGGUUUGAGAUUGAGAUGUCAAGAUCAAUUCCAACAGAAGAUAGAAUUAGCUCACUGCCAGAUCCAAUUCUGCAUCACAUUCUUUCAUUUCUCCCAACCAAAAUUGCUGCAACCACAACCAUUCUCUCAAAGAGAUGGAAUCCACUAUGGCUCUCUGUUCCAACUCUCAACUUCGACGACACAACAUUCGAAGACUACAUCUCCUUUCGCCAUUUUGUGUCUACUGUCUUUCUCUCAAGAGACAUCAAUUUACCCAUCCAAUCCUUCCACCUCAAAUGUGCAAAACAGCACUCCGACGAACACGACAUUAAUCGAUUUAUUUAUGCCGCUAUGCAACGAGGAGGAAUCGAGAACCUCCAUCUCAACAUGUUUGGUAGACUUUCCUUAAAAGUUAAAUUACUUACUACCAUUUUCAGUUGUAAGACACUUGUUGUUCUUCAUUUGAGAAAGGUAAAUUUGAAAGAUCUUUCGAAUGUGACUGUGGAUUUACCUCGCCUCAAAACUCUCCAUUUGACUCGUGUACUUUUUGAACGCUUUGAAUAUCUUCCAAAGCUUCUAUCAAGAUGUCCCAUUCUUGAGGAAUUGCAUAUAAAACAUGUUCCACAGAGAUUUGUUUUCCAGGAAAACUCUCAAUGCUUACCGAAUUUGAUUAGAGCAAACUUUUCUUGUCCGAAUGAUCUAUUUUCGAAUGUUCUAUUUACUUUGUGUUGCAGGGCAGAGGUUCUGCGUGUAGAAAUGGAAUUGUUUUACUUCGAGUGGAACUGGCAAUUUCCUAUGUAUCUCAAUCUAACCUAUAUCAAGCUUAUCCUGAAGAAUAAACAUCCUGAGAAGUGGAAGUGGUUGCUAGAAGUGCUGAAUUGUUGUCCUAAGCUUCAAAAUCUUACCAUUCAUGAGGUUUUUAGUAAACCGCUAUUGUGCCGCCGUAUGAAAUUUAGUACAAAGUAUUGUCAAAUAGCUGCUAUAAUAUAUAGCACUGUAGCAUAAUUGAUACAAACUUAUAUUUUCUGCUGUCCGCGGUUGACAAUACUUCUUUUGACCAGCCCAAAUCUGUGAAGGGCAAUUCAAAACUUAUCAAAGUGAAGAAAGAAACUGGGAAAGUUUGCUUACAUAUCUUAUCCUCUACUGUUAAGUUUUUUUACACGUGUUUCUUUCGUGUAGGUUCUGUCAUGAUGGCUUAGGGAAUGAUAAGGUAGUCUUGUCUUAAAUGAAGAGUUAAGAUUGAAACCAUUUUCUCCAGGAAUUGAUUCCAAAGUUAAUGUUCCUUACUUUUGUGCUAAGGUUCCUGCUGGAAUUGAUUUCACUAAAAAAACUCCUCACCAAAUAGAGUGGUAAUUAUAAAUGACUAUGUGCACUAGCUUCCUCUGUAAGUUUCCUGCUUUGUAUCCUUGUGCUGCAGCUCAAUGAGAAAGAAAAGGAGAUUGGUAGCUUUACUUUGAUUUGCAUCAUCAUGUAUUAUACUAAAUAUAAAUUAUUUUGUCUUAAACUACUAUGUUAUGAAAUAUACUAUUUUUCUUGCUAUAUUUUGCUACAUUUGUUGCUAUAUUCCCCAGUUCAGUCAUAAUUUAUGCUUCAACAUAGUUUAACUGUUAUAUCCCUUUCUCUUAAGAUGCAUGUGAAUAUUUGUCAUCCUAUUUUAGGUCCAAUAGGCAUUUCUUGAAACACAAAUAUAUACACAUAUAUAGCGACCAGCAG